GGACGGGGAAGGGGCGGGCAGAGGGUCCCCUUUGGAGCAUUCCGGCGGAGGGACAAACCUUUGUGGAAUCUAGAACGUCGAGUAAUGAAUGAGAAGACAGCAGGGCGUUCGAAGGGGCCGAAAUGAGACCUCCUCCGCACGUCCCCGUAGCCCAGUCACGAAAGUAAAUUUAGGGUCCUUCCGUAUCAAAUGUUUCCACUUCACCUAGGCGCUGCAUUCCUUCCUAGCCCCAUUUAUGGGAUCGGCUUCUUUCAACGCUCAUUUCAGUGUGUCGAUUUGCCCAGUAGCACCGUGUCCUGACCUUUUAGUUUUUCCAGAAGUGCUCUCAGUCCCCCUUGAUCUUCGUGUCCCCUUUUUACUACCGUAUCCAGUCCCCGGCUCGCUUUACGUAAGAGCUCGGCUAUUCAUUCACCUCUGAAGUGCUACCUGCCACCCACUCUCGCCCCACCCACAACAGCCCGCCUAAAAUUUCCCUGCUUGUAGGUUGGGGGAAGCAAGAUUGGGUGAUUUGUCAACAACUGCUGGCCAUGCUCCUCCCAUUGUGUCUCCGUCGGAAGGAGCGUCAAUGGUGAAUCUGACAGACCCAUCUUUGGGAAAAAGAAAGUUUUGCACUGAAGGCAGAGGCCAGUUUAGUAAGUGCUGUUUGCUAAACUGGAAAAUGUUGGUCCUCCUUAAGGAUGAACACAUUUUGGCUGCAGUCCUGUGUCCACUUACCUGGAAGUAAGCCCCAGUGAACUCAAUGAAACUUAUUUCUGAGUAGUGUUUGCUGCCAUGGCCAGAAGGGCUUUAAAACUUGCAUCGUUGGCCACCGCAGCAGCAGCCACCACUGGGUUUUACCUGUAUGGCAACAAGCACCUGGAUCCCAACGAUUUUGGAGUUGUUCGAGUAGGCAGAGCAUUUGCCACAACAGCAGUUAUUACCUUCGACUACCUCACUUCUCUCCGGAGUGUUUCACGCGGGACAGAAGAAUAUGAGUCUGUCAAAUCACAGGUGCAUCUGCGCUCUGCAGAACGUCUCCGAGACCUGUGUUGUGCCAACCGGGGCACCUUCAUCAAAGUGGGGCAGCACCUGGGGGCUCUCGACUAUCUCUUGCCUGAGGAAUACACUCGCACACUCAAGGUGCUGCACAGCCAAGCCCCUCAGAGCAGCAGGCAGGAGAUCGAGCAAGUGAUCUUGGAGGACCUGGGCAAAGGGAUUAAUGAGUUGUUUAUAAGUUUUGAAGAUGCUCCAUUGGGGGCGGCAUCCCUGGCCCAAGUCCACAAGGCUGUGCUGCACGAUGGGAGGACCGUUGCAGUGAAAGUCCAGCACCCGAAGGUUCAAACACAGAGUUCAAAGGAUAUACUGUUGAUGGAGGUCCUUGUCUCAGCCGUGAAGCAAAUCUUCCCAGACUUUGAAUUCAUGUGGUUAGUUGAAGAAUCUAAAAAGAACUUGCCUCUUGAGCUGGACUUCCUGAACGAAGGGAGGAAUGCUGAGAAGGUGGCCCACAUGCUCAGAAAGUUUGACUUUCUAAAGAUCCCUAAGAUUUAUUGGGAGCUCUCAACAAAGCGUGUUCUUUUCAUGGAGUUCAUGGAAGGUGGGCAGGUGAAUGACAAGGCCUACAUGGAGAGAAAUUGCAUCAAUGUCAAUGAGAUAUCUUACAACUUGGGGAAGAUGUACAGUGAAAUGAUAUUUGUCAAUGGCUUUGUGCACUGUGACCCACACCCUGGCAACGUGUUGGUGAAGAAGUGCCCAAGUACAGGCAAGACACACAUUAUACUUCUGGACCAUGGGCUCUAUCAGGUCCUGUCAGAGAACUUCCGCUUGGACUAUUGCCGGCUUUGGCAGGCCUUGAUCAAAUCUGACAUGAAGCGUGUCCAGAAAUACAGUCGUCGGCUGGGAGCGGGCGACCUGUAUCCCCUCUUUGCAUGCAUGCUCACUGCCAGGUCUUGGGAGUCAGUCAACAGGGGCAUCGACCGGCUGCCAGUCACUAAACAAGAGGAUGUGGAAAUCCGGACGAACGCUGCCAUGUACCUACCUCAGAUCACCAAGCUGCUGAACAGCGUCCCCCGUCAGAUGUUGCUGCUGUUGAAGACCAAUGAUUUGUUGAGGGGCAUCGAAUCGGCUUUACAGACACGGGCCAGUGCCAGCUCCUUCCUGAACAUGUCUCGCUGCUGCAUUCGAGCUGUCUCCACGCACCAGAGGAGCAAAAGUGACUCACUGUACAGGAAGGCACAGAUAUCCAUCUCUGAGGCCCUGAGCUUGUGGCAGAUCAACUUGUACGAACUUUUCCUGCGGCUGAAGGGGUCCCAGCUGGGGAACUGGGUCAUUGCAUUCCUGAGCUGGAUGCACCAUUCCUCGUAGUGACAUGAACUGGUGGCAGAAUCUGGGCCUGAUUAUAUCCUUGCCUUUCUCAGCUGUGGCAUCUUGUUUCUAUUUAUUCUGCUGGAGUUUUCUGGGUCUGUUUUCAUGUAACACAUGGUGCUGUCCUUGUUGCCUUUUGCAGGGUCACUUUCUUUCUGAGGCAGAGAAGGCGAAAUCACAAAACAGCAUCUAGAGCUCAAGGGAGCCAGAAGUCUCAUGCUUCCAGAUAUAGUUCAGGAUGGUGGCAGCUUAGGGAGAAGGUUGCAAAUUUCUCUGUCCGCAGAUCUCUAGCUGAAGUCCUAAAGAACUGCACAGAACCAACGAGCUUCUAACAAUACCAUACAUGUUUCCUGAGCAGAUACUGCAGAAUUGUUGCAUUAAUUCCCCUUCAGUUCUGCUGAAAUAUUCCAAAACAAAAUGGAUAUCAGGUAGGCAAAGAACUGAAAGCCAGAAUGUCUAAACAGUACUCCAACUUCUGGGAGAUUUUGAACGAAAAGGCUGGGAGUGAAACCAGUGAGAAUUUCUUUUCUAAUUGUCACCCUACCCCUCUCCAGGUGACAUUUUUUUUUAAAAACAACCACAACCACAGACAUGUCUACUAGCCAUGGAAUUCAAGUAACCUGUUUUGGGCCUCUCUGGUUGUGAGGUUUGGGAAAUUUGGGGACAUUUUAAUUGCCUUAAUUGCCUGAGAUGUAAACUAGAGGCAGCAACACCAACCUGCAUUGGAAGUGUUCAGAGAGAGACACUGUUGAAUGGCAACACAUUAUUGUCUGAGAACUCAUUCACAAGUCAGUGCUGGUCAUGUUUUGUGUAUUUGCAAGGGGAAAUAAACGAGCGUCCUCCCUUUGGGAGGUAAAAAGAGCACAUGUGCCUAUUUGGUUUUUUUUUUUUUUAAAAAAAAACAACCUUUCUCACAAGAGUAACCUGUCUCUCUUGUGUUGGCAGUGAAAUUGGAUCUAUUCACCAGCUCCACAGAUGGAAGCAACCAUCCUGAAGUCCUAUAAAUAUGGACCUACUUUGCACAAAAGGGUUUUCACUAAUGCAUCUUUCUUGAGUUUAUAAAGACAGUUUGAUAAAGGAGGAACAAUAGACUUGUUCCCAUAAUAUAAAAAAUAUUAGACUUUGCGACCAUUAAUUAAUGACCAUUUAGAAAUCAUUAUCAUCCUCCAACUGCUGUAAAUAGCUGAAGAGCACUCACAUAUAGAAAAUCUGCAGGAAUUCUCUAUUUAGAGAUUUGCUCCAAAUGUAAUAUGACUGCACCCACUUUUUACUUGUUUAAAAAACAACAACCAAAAAACCCACAAAACCUUUAACAUGUACAAAAAGUACAUACCACUGAUAACCAGGCAUCAGAUUAUAAAUUAGUUUCAGUUUGUUUUUUGGGGGGUGUGAAGGACCAUUCAUGAUAGACAUUUUAAAGAUUCUCUUUCCAGUUCAUUGAUAUAAAUCUUUUAGGUAUAUUAUACCACAGCCAUUGCCAGACUGUUGUUGUUAUUGCUACCCCUAAAUCUUCCCACCAUUUUAUUUGACAAGCCAUAGGUCUUAUCAGCUAAGAGAUUUAACACUGAAUAAAUUCUACCAAUUUUACAAUCUUCUACUGUACCAGGUACACGAAAGAGAAUACUUUCAAACUUAUGUUAGAUCUCUCUGACUGAGAGCUGCAUUUGACUGAGGGUCAAAACAAAACAUCUGACUGGAAGGUAUUGGGGGAGCUGUUGAAUUCGUCCUAGCUUUUGAUUGCUCAACAAUGCCGCUUUCAAUAAAGUCCUUCAGGAACAUUCAUCCUUUGGUCCUCCUCCAAGCAGACACAAGGCCACUUGUGUCUUUUCUGUUUAUAUGUUACAGAAACAUGAGGAAUGCUGGAAGUGCUCAAUGGGAUUUUGUAGACAUGCCAAAAUUAAAAGACCACUGUUGCACAUUU